AUGGCAUCUGAAAUACUAGGCAACGUUACGGAGAAGGCCAAGGACCUCGCUGGAUCCAAGUCGACCAAGAUGGCUCAGCUUGCUGAAGUCACCAAGGAUGUCCACGACGACAAGUGGAGAAUUACCAGCGACUACGGAGUGAAGCAGAACAACACCGACGACUGGCUGAGGGUUGCCACGGACGACCAGACUGGCCCUCUGUUGCUCGAGGACCAAUUCGCCCGUGAGAAGAUUCACCGAUUCGACCACGAAAGAAUUCCCGAGCGUGUUGUUCACGCUCGUGGCUCCGGUGCCUUUGGAAAAUUCACUCUUUUUGAGUCGGCCUCGGAUGUCACAUCGGCUGGAAUCCUCACUGAUACUUCGCGCGAAACUCCAGUCUUCCUACGGUUCUCGACUGUGCUCGGUAGCCGUGGUUCUGCAGACACUGUCCGCGAUGUACGCGGCUUUGCUGUCAAGUUCUACACGGAAGAGGGCAACUGGGAUAUCGUCGGUAACAACAUCCCUGUGUUUUUCAUUCAAGACUCGAUGAAGUUUCCCGAUGUGAUCCACGCUGGCAAGCCGGAACCGGACUGCGAGGUGCCGCAAGCGCAAUCUGCUCACAACAACUUCUGGGACUUCCAGUACAUGCACCCCGAAGCCACGCACAUGUUCAUGUGGGCCAUGUCUGAUCGCACGAUUCCUCGCUCGUACCGAAUGAUGCAGGGUUUCGGUGUCAACACAUACACUCUUAUCAAUGCUAAGGGCGAGAGGCAUUUUGUCAAGUUCCACUUCACACCUGAACUCGGUGUCCACAGCUUCGUCUGGGAUGAGGCACUGAAGAUUGCUGGUCAGGACCCAGACUUCCACCGCAAGGACUUGUGGAUGGCCAUCGACAGCGGUGCGUACCCCAAGUGGAAGUUUGGCAUUCAAGUCAUUCCCGAAGCAAAGGAGCACGACUUCGAAUUCGACAUUCUUGAUGCUACCAAGGUGUGGCCUGAAGAGCUUGUGCCCGUCCGAUACAUUGGCGAGCUUGAGCUCAACAAGAACCCUGACGAGUUCUUCACACAGACUGAGCAAGUCGCCUUCUGCACAAGCCAUAUUGUUCCCGGCAUCGGCUUCAGCAACGACCCUCUUCUACAGGGCCGCAACUUCUCUUACCAAGACACCCAACUCUCUCGUCUGGGCAUCAACUGGGAAGAGCUACCAAUCAACAAGCCCGUCUGCCCCGUCAUGAACUUCAACCGUGACGGAGCCAUGCGACACACAAUCACAAAGGGUAAGGUCAACUAUUGGCCUAACCGCUUCCAGACUGUGCCACCUGCGACGGAGAAGGAGGGUGCAUACGUAGAGUUCCCCGAGAAGACUGCCGGCAUCAAGGUACGCAUGCAGAGCAAGAAGUUCCGGGAGCACAAGAGCCAGGCCGAGCUCUUCUACAACUCCAUGUCGGAGAACGAGAAGAUGCACAUGAAGGCUGCUUUUGCCUUUGAGCUUGACCACUGCGACGAUCCCGUUGUGUACGAGCGCCUCUGUGAGCGUCUGUGCGAGAUUGAUCUCGAGCUCGCUCAGAGUGUUGCCGAGAUGGUUGGCGGCGAGCAACCGACUAAGCAGACUCGGCCCAAGCACAACAAGAAGGCCAAGGGUUUGUCGCAAAUGGACUUCCAGCCCGAGAAGCCUACCAUUGCGACUCGCAUGGUGGCAAUUCUUAUUGCCGACGGCUACGACAAGGCUGCCUACACUGGUAUGAAGGCUGCUUUGACCGCAGCUGGCGCUCUUCCUUUUACCAUUUCGCCUAGAAGGAACAAGAUCUUUGCUGAUGGAGAGGACAAGAGCGGCUCUGGAGUAGUGGCAGACCAUCACCUUGAGGGCCAACGCUCCACCAUGUACGACAGUGUGUUUGUUCCUGGUGGCGCCAAGUCGAUUGAGACGCUUAGCAAGAACGGGCGUGCGGUACACUGGGUGCGUGAGGCAUUUGGUCACCUCAAGGCCAUUGGUGGUACUGGCGAAGCGGUUUCCUUCAUCAAGCAGGCUGUGGAUCUACCCGGCAUGGAAUUCUCAACGUCUGGUGAUGUGGUCAACAGCUACGGAGUGGUUACGGCUACGGCAGUGCAGCCUGAGAGCUUCAAGGAGGCGGUCAACAUGGCGAAGGAGGCCAAGGACUUUGUUAGCGCGUACAUGUAUGCGAUUUCGCAGCACAAGAACUUUGAGCGCGAGACUGCGGGACUGAACGCCAUGGUUGCGUACUAA